AGAGACCCCGAGACCACCGAGCUGAUGGCAUCUUCCACUCCUUCGUCUGCAACCUCUUCGAACGCGGGAGCAGAUCCUAAUACUACCAACCUGCGCCCUACAACAUAUGAUACUUGGUGUGGCGUAGCCCAUGGAUGCACCAGAAAACUGGGCCUGAAGAUCUGUGGCUUCUUACAAAGGACCAAUAGCCUGGAAGAGAAGAGCCGCCUUGUGAGUGCCUUCAGGGAGAGGCAGUCCUCCAAGAACCUGCUUUCCUGUGAAAACAGUGACCCGAGUGCCCGCUUCAGGCGCACAGAGACUGACUUCUCCAACCUGUUUGCUCAAGAUCUGCUUCCAGCCAAGAAUGGGGAGGAGCAAACGGUGCAGUUCCUGCUGGAGGUGGUGGACAUACUCCUCAACUAUGUCCGCAAGACGUUUGAUCGCUCCACCAAGGUGUUGGACUUCCACCACCCACACCAGUUGCUGGAAGGCAUGGAGGGCUUUAAUUUGGAGCUGUCUGACCACCCUGAGUCUCUCGAGCAGAUCCUGGUUGACUGCAGAGACACCCUAAAGUAUGGGGUUCGUACAGGUCAUCCUCGAUUUUUCAACCAGCUCUCUACUGGUUUGGAUAUCAUUGGUUUAGCUGGCGAGUGGCUGACAUCAACUGCCAAUACCAAUAUGUUUACAUAUGAAAUUGCACCGGUGUUUGUUCUCAUGGAACAGAUAACACUUAAGAAGAUGAGAGAGAUCAUUGGAUGGUCAAGUAAAGAUGGUGAUGGGAUAUUUUCUCCUGGGGGAGCCAUAUCCAACAUGUACAGCAUCAUGGCUGCUCGCUACAAGUACUUUCCGGAAGUUAAGACAAAGGGCAUGGCGGCUGUGCCCAAACUCGUCCUCUUCACCUCAGAACACAGUCACUAUUCCAUAAAGAAAGCGGGGGCUGCACUUGGCUUUGGCACUGACAAUGUGAUUUUGAUAAAGUGCAAUGAAAGGGGGAAGAUAAUUCCAGCUGAUUUAGAGGCAAAAAUUAUUGAAGCCAAGCAAAAGGGAUAUGUUCCCCUCUAUGUCAAUGCAACUGCAGGCACAACUGUUUAUGGCGCUUUUGAUCCAAUACAGGAGAUUGCAGACAUAUGUGAGAAAUACAACCUUUGGCUCCAUGUUGACGCUGCCUGGGGUGGUGGGCUGCUCAUGUCCCGGAAGCACCGCCACAAACUCAGUGGCAUCGAAAGGGCCAAUUCAGUUACCUGGAACCCACACAAGAUGAUGGGCGUGUUGCUACAGUGCUCAGCCAUUCUGGUCAAGGAAAAGGGUAUACUCCAAGGAUGCAACCAGAUGUGUGCAGGCUACCUCUUCCAACCAGACAAGCAGUAUGAUGUCUCCUAUGAUACUGGGGACAAGGCGAUUCAGUGUGGCCGCCAUGUGGACAUCUUCAAGUUCUGGCUGAUGUGGAAAGCAAAGGGUACUGUGGGAUUUGAAAACCAGAUCAACAAAUGCCUGGAGUUGGCUGAAUAUCUCUAUGCCAAGAUUAAAACCAGAGAAGAAUUUGAGAUGGUUUUUGAUGGUGAGCCUGAGCACACAAACGUCUGUUUCUGGUACAUUCCACAAAGCCUGAGAGGGGUUCCGGAUAGCCCUGAGCGAAGAGAAAAACUGCACAGGGUGGCUCCCAAGAUCAAAGCCCUGAUGAUGGAGUCGGGCACAACCAUGGUUGGCUACCAGCCUCAGGGGGACAAAGCCAACUUCUUCCGGAUGGUCAUCUCCAACCCAGCUGCCACCCAGUCUGACAUCGACUUCCUCAUUGAAGAGAUAGAGAGGCUGGGCCAGGACCUGUAA